AUGAAUAAUAUGGCCCAUAUGUCGACAUCUCUAUCUCCAUUGCCACAGGGCCCUAGCCACAAUCAAGUAAUAUCUCCUUCAUCGAACUUAGAUCAUAUAUCGCGGAGACCUGGUGUUGAACUGGAAGAGCACCAUCUCAAGACUCUUUCCAAGAAUCUUAAGUACAGAGAGUUCUUUCGUAGAAGCCAGAAGUUUUCCAGUAAGAAAUUCAACCAUUUUUUUUUAUCACAGGAACUUCGCAUCGAGCCUGAUUGUGAUGAUGAUGAUCAUCUCAACGUACCUAGUGUCAAUGCGGACAACGCCAGCGUAUUCAGUGAUGAGGUACCAUUGUUCGACCAAUCGAUGUCUUUGUCCGAGUCUCAGAGGACUGUGAAGGGUAAUAAUAAGUCUCGUCCAGUGCCCAAGACGUCCAAGAGAUUCCAGAAAAAGGCAAAGGAGCAGCCGUGCCAUGGUAAAAGUCAUGCUAACUUUAUUCUAGAGUUCAGUCACGACGGAAAGUAUCUUGCUUCUGCCGGUGAUGAUGGUACUGUUCGCAUUUGGGAAGUAAUUUCCUCAGUAUUUGACAGAAGAAAGCGUGGCUAUGAUGGAUUUUCUGACACUGAUACGACAACAAAGUUAUCGUCUACUGCCCUGAAUCAAUCGUCAUCUCUCAUUACUACUGCCACCUCACUUGGGUCUCUUGCUAAACUCACCAAUCGAUCUAGAAGUUGCAGUAGGUCUAGCAUGAAUUCUAGCAGCCUUGCUUCAUUCUCUUUUGACGACACUGGCUCUCUGAGUAAUGACGAUUCUCCGAAAAAAGUCAGAAAUAGUGAUAAAUAUGCAGAUUCUGCAUUCGCACCAGUAUUUAAGUCUCUUCCGCUUCGACAGUUUCACCACAAUGACACCGUUUUGGCCAUCAGCUGGUCCAAGAACAACUUUCUUCUUACUAGUUCUGAGGAUAAGACUGUGAAGCUUUGGCAUGUAGACAGAAACGAAUGCUUGAGAACAUUCAAGCUAUCUAGUUUUGCUACGGCGCUAAGCUUUCAUGAGAAAGACGAUCGUUUUUUUGUCUGUUGUCAAUGGGACGGUACUGUUGUGUUUUACUCCAUUCUAGAAAAGGAGGUUGUAUACAGGACUAAGGUCGGCAAGAGAAUUGCCUGCAUGUCGUUCAGCCCUGACCUUGAAAAUAUAUACAUCGGAUGUGAACACGGAUAUUUCUACAUCUUAAGCCUUGUUGGCCUCAAAGAGGUCUCUGCAUUUCAAAUCAGGCACAAGAAUAAAUGUCCUCGAAUUACUGGUAUUGAUGCUUUUGUGAAGAACGGUGACACAAAAGUGUUGGUGACCACUAAUGAUUCUCGCGUUCGAUUGUUUAGCUUCGAGAAGAAAUGCCUUCAAGUUCGAUAUAGUGGGUACGACAACGAUUAUUCGAUGAUUAGGGCUAGGGCCAGCGAAGAUGAUUCUUUUAUUAUUAGUGGUUCUGAAGAUGGUUGGGCAUAUAUGUGGGAAAUAUAUGACGGCAAAGAUCAAUCGGUAGACCCGCCUUCUGGGGCUUUAAAAAAUCUUCCUAAAGAGAUAGCAUCUUUUUUUAAAGAUGAGAGUUGUCAGUUGAAGAACAAACAUUACGGUGCAUUUCACAUACAUCAUACGAGAUGUAAUGCUGCUAUAUUUGCCCCAAGAACCACGUCAAAAUUGCUCGAGCUAAGUGAUGACCCAAUUUUUGAUUUGAGAAAUAAAUAUGGAGCACUUGCUGAGACAUUGGAGGAUGAGGACUUGUCAUCCGCUAUUAUUGUUAGUACGGACAAUAAAGGUACCAUUCGGGUGCUCAGACGAGAUUUUGCAUACAGCGUGCGGAAGAUGUCAUUAUCAAAGAAAGCGGGAGUUUCUAAAGCCGAUUUGCGAGGUGCUUUGCAACGUAUGGAGCAUCAAGCUUCGACGGGUUCUGACAGAUACAUUUCUUCACCUUUAAAAGCUCCCACUUUGACUAUUAAUGAUACGACGAACUAUAUCGAAGGUACUCCCGAGAAUGAGACUCCUAUUGAUGGAAAUGAGGAUAGAGGUCGCAGAGAUUUCUACCAUGAAAGUAGACGUGCCACGAAGUCUUCUGUGGAAGAGCAUGUGAAGCCUCAGAAUGCAUCGCGUACAAAUCUUUUGAUCAAGCAUAAAAGUUCGGGAGAGUUAUCACCCACGCUAAGUCUCAGUACGACUUCACAAUCCAGCGCAGUUGUUUCUGCGGGCGGAACAGUUUAUAAGCCAGUGACGGAAGGUGAUAAGGAUGCCCUGGGAUCCGAGAGUUUUAAAGAGAUUGAUGAUCAGAUCAGGCAAUUGAUGACGGAUGCAGACGAUGAUGAACUUAGCACACGUUCGGGUACACCAGUAGAUGGACAACCGCCAAAAUCAGCGAAUCACCAUAUUUUCAACGAUAGCAUUUCCACGAUUACUUUCCCAAAAUCAAUGAACAUGUCCGAUUCUUCCACGUGGGUGGAUAGCAAGAAGAAACCAAACGCUUCACAUAUCGAUUCUACAGUCUAUGGAGGCACGUCUCCACCUACCUUAAAGUGCGCAUAUUGUGGCGAGAAGAAAUUUACCGCAACUCCUGUUACAAAUACCAACGGUAGUGGGAUACGGUUUGUAUGCAAUAGAUGCGGCCAAGAAACGAGCUCUUAG